AUGCAGUACAAGGUCCUUGCCACUCUUUUCUUCGCCGCCACGGCCCUGGCUGCCCCUGCGGAUUCUACUGCCACAUCAGGCACUGAGACUACCGGCAGCGAUGACACUUUCGAUCUCGAGGAUGUUCCCAGCUCCAUUAUGAGUGUUCUGGCAACAGCCAUUCCGGAGUCAUGGUACAAUGACCUCCUGGACCCGGCCUCCCUCUCCGCGAUCGAUAGCGCUGCUUCUGCUGGCACCUACCCAGCCUGGUACAACGCGUUGCCUAGCGACGUUAAGUCUUGGGCCACUGGACACUUCGGUGCCGACCUCAUGGGUGGUGCCUCGGCAACUGCCACUCAAACUAAGUCUGCUGGUAGCAGCGCUAUCGAAACUGGCUCCAGCCUCGUUGGCUACAGCAUCACUGCCACCCAAACCUCCUCCAACGCCGCCGAGACCACUUUGGCUUCUUCUACCUCGGGCUCCAGCUCUGACUCGACCUCCAGCUCUGCAUCGUCUUCUCCCUCUUCUUCGCAGUCUACUGGCGGUGCUCCUGCUCCUACCGGGGCCGUUGCCAUGGGUGUUGCUGGUGCAGCUGGUCUUUUGGCUUUGGCUCUUGCCCUCUAG